AUGUUAAAUACACAAUCGCAGCAGAAUGAGCUUGGCUCUCAUUCACCAAUCGCUGCUGCCAUCCAGCGCGCCGAGUCACCCCGCGAUUUUCCCGAUCCCGAGGGGAAGCCGGUCAAGAUGUCCGACAAGACUGUCGAAAUCACUGAGAAGGAUCCAUCCGGCAAUCGCGAUGCAUCGAUCGAUGGUGGUUCUAUGAAACCGACUUAUGACCAUACGCGACGGAAGCUAAAACCUCGCCAUUUGCAAUUGAUCGGCAUUGGAGGAACUAUAGGCACGGCUUUGUAUGUGCAGAUUGGUAAUAAUCUUCGCACUAGCGGGCCUGCAAGUCUGGCAGAGAUGGUCACCUACUUACCCAUCUCCUCACCCUUCAUCCGAUUCGCUGGCCGCUAUGUCGACGAGGCCCUCGGUGUUGCAGCAGGUUACAAUUUCUUCAUCUUCGAAGCUGCCCUCGUACCUUUUGAAAUCGUGGCUGUCAGUUUGAUUGUCAAUUACUGGACUAGCGCGAUUCCAGUUGCGGCGAUGAACGUUAUCGUUCUUGUUCUAUACACGGCACUCAACGUUUUCGCGGUCAAGUGGUAUGGCGAAGCAGAAUUCUGGCUCUCACUUGGCAAAGUCUUGCUCAGCAUCGGCCUCAUCUUCUACACCUUCAUCGUGAUGGUUGGCGGUAACCCGCUAGGUGAUCGGUUCGGAUUCAGAUACUGGAAUGAACCCGGUGCUUUUGCCGAAUACUACAAAACCGGGGAUACGGGCAGGUUCCUGGGCUUUUUGUCGGCACUUAUUGCGGCUAGCUUUACUAUCGCUGGUCCGGACUACGUGUCGAUGGCUGCAGGAGAGACUAUUAAUCCACGCGUGGUUCUACCAAAGGCGUAUAAUGGCGUGUUCUACCGUCUAACAGCCUUCUUCGUGCUUGGUGUCCUCUGUGUGGGAAUUCUGGUCCCGUAUAACGACGAGACUAUGGCCGAUGCAUUUGACAAUGACAAGCCUGGUGCGGCGGCCUCGCCGUAUGUGAUAUCCAUGGAUAGAUUGCAUAUCCCGAUCUUACCGCACAUCGUCAAUGCGGUCGUUCUUACUGCUUCGUUCAGCGCAGGCAAUAGCUAUGUAUACUGUGCCAGCCGCAGUCUCUACGGUCUUGCACUUGAGGGAAAGGCGCCGGUGUUUUUGACGAAGUGCACGAAAAAGGGUGUCCCGGUUUACUGUGUUGCCGUGGUCUUGUUGAUUGCUCUACUGAGCUUCCUCCAAGUAUCCAAUGGUGCAUCCGUGGUGCUGAACUGGUUUGUCAAUCUGGUUACCGCCUCACAACUCAUCAACUUCUCCGUCAUCACGUUCACGUAUAUCCGGUUCAAGAAGGCUCUUGAUGCUCAAGGAAUUUCGCGCGGCACCUUGCCAUACCGUAGCUGGUUCCAGCCGUAUAUCGCAUAUAUCGCCUGCACUGCUACUACGAUCAUGGCCUUCGUUGGUGGCUAUACCGUCUUCUUGCCAGGUAAAUGGUCGAUUCCCACGUUCUUGUUCUCAUACACGAUGAUUGGCGUGUUCCCUGUUCUCUACUUUGGGUGGAAGAUCUUCCAUCGAACGAAGUUUUUGAAACCGGAGGAGGUAGACUUGGUGUCUGGACUCGCAGAGAUUGAGGAGUAUACGAGGGAUUUUGUUCAUGCCCCACCUAAGACUAUCGUACACAAAUAUGUCGGUAUGCUGUUCGAGUGA